GUGAUCAUGGCAGAUCCCACACGAGAUUCUACCCGGCUGGUUGGUGGUCGCCGUAUUUCCUUCUCCUUGCACACCCAAAAUUAGAUUUUAUGCAUUCUGCGACGUGAUGCUCAACGUUACGCUGCUUUUGUUAGCAUUUAGUUAGUGAUCCGACCCAACUGCUAAAAUAUCCCCAUUUUUUGCUAUUUAACCAAAUCACCCAUCCCCUUCAUAAAUACACAUUGACGUCAGUCGCACCAACUUUUUGAUUUACGAACGAAACCGAACCGAAUUUUAGUUUACAGUCGCGCAAGUUAGUGUUAGUUUGAUGUGUGCGAAGCAACUCGAUCUGAAGAAAAAGCCUCUUCUUUCUCAUCCUUCUUCCUCAUACGCACCCGGAAAUCGCAAUAUAUUGCAUGGGACCAACUAGGACGUAGGUACACAACUAAAGGUGGACGAGGCUGUCAGGAUGGAGAGUGAGCACAACGCCCACUUGGCGAAAUCGGAGGCAGAACCAGGCGUCAAAGCGAAAGAUGACUCCAAAACCAAGCAAGUGCACGGCGAUUCAGAGAAGCCUUCUCGCACCAAUAAUACAGGGCCGAAGCAGAAUUACCCCAAGAACAAUGGGCAGUCCAACAAGGGACGUCCGUACAGAGAGAUUUAUCGCCCACCAAGUCUGAGAUCAAAGCAAGGACGAAAUAAUAACGGGAAUAAUAAUAACCAAUCCGGAAAUUCUUCUCAGCAACACAAAGGCAACGGGAGCAAUUCUCCUUCCUCCUCCUCCUCGACUGCGACGUCCGGACCUGUCGGGAACGGUGGUGGUGGCAACAAUCCAUCCGCGGCGAUGAACGGUGGAAUCCUGCACCACAGUCCCCACAUUGGGCGGCGUCAACUUGGAUAUGGAAAUUCCUCCCCACAACAAGGUCGGAACCACCUGUCACUUAACGCCAACGCUCGAGAAUUCCAGCUGACGGCGUCUCAGCAACACCAAAUUCAGAAUCAGCAAUUGGCCAAUCUACUUGGACAGUUGGAUCCAAACUUUUUAGCCUCGGCGACCACAAAUCUAGGCUUGUACUCGAUACAGCAGUCUAAAUCUCUGGGGAACAAUUUGAACGCUCUGCUUUAUCAGCAGCAGCAGCAGGGGAAACAACCACCCCCAUUCAACCCAGUCGCCCCACUCGGCGGUGGUGGUCUGGGAGGAGCGAUAGCCUUUCUCCAACAACAACAACGCUCGCAAGCUAUUUUGACCAGCAGUAAUAAUAACUUUUCUCUGCAACAACAACCAAAUAAUAAUCAUCUUCAUCACGGUCCACCACAAAUAGGAGCCGGUCAGUUCAAUCGACUUUGUCAGUCCAAGUCGAGUGGCAGCAUUCCCGACAACGUGUCCGUGGGUGUCGCCAAACCUCGAGUCAGAUUUAUCGAUGUGGAGACGGAUGACGAGACAAAGAGCAGGAAUAAUUUAGAUGAGGCCACGGCAAACAUGAUUAGAAACACGGAAAACAGAUUCUCAGACUUGAAAAUUAAUGGUGUCCAACGGUCUCCAGCCACAAUGUCGCAAAAACCACAGCUUCAGAAAAGCAGGACGGGCUUCGUUCUAAACUUAUUCUCUCCGAAUCAGCCUUGUGGGCGACAGCAGCAGAUGCAAGAAAAUAAUGGGGGAGGGGUAAUAAAACGGUCGCGAAGUUUUGGCAUGGCGUCGUCCUCGUCAAACCAAAAGACGUCACAGAGAGGCUCACCAGCCUCUUUCACUUCGAUCCACUCAAGCUACUCUGACUUUCAAAUCUCCAAAUGGCCAAAAAUCGUUCAAGAAACGGUCACUGCGGCUGUGACAGCCGUGGACAGGGUCGCUGCUCGACAACAAAUUGAGAUGGUGAACAUGAUAUUUGAUGCGAUGCUGAGACAUGAUGAGGAGCUUUCUCCAAAUGAGGAGAAGCAGAUGUCCCAGACUACAGAAGACCAGAAGCAGCAAGUUGUGGAGGAAGUGAAUGGACAAGAAGAUAAUAAACCUGCACAAUCGGGCAGUGGUACUAACUCACCAGAAUUCUUGGAGAAUCAAUCCUUAUCGUCUCAAGACAAUGAUGGGUCAGACUUGAGCACUCCUGCAGUUCACAUCUUUCUUUAUUUUAUACAAAAAGAAAAGGAUCGAACUGUAAUGGAGAGUUUGUUGAACACUUGUUUUGCAACAUUUCAAAAGUUUUUUGGAUCCAGCGGUGGUGGGCGUCGCCAGACCUCAACCCCGUCCUGGUCAGCUCAGUCCAUGAUAUUCCUCCGCUUUCUUUCCUCCCUAUAUUCCAACGUAAAAGUUUUGAGGAGACAAAAACCCGGAGGUCGAGCCCUGGAUGAAAUGAGUUUCAGCGUAUUGGCCGUUUUAUGCGACUUGUGUCUGGCCAUGUUGCGGUCACAGCUUUCCAGUGAUCCCGAAUCGAUGGGUUGCCUCUUUACCGUUUUGACGAGCCAAGGACGCGAUAUUGAGGGCAACUUCCCACUCAAGAUGAAGCAACUUUUGGCCGCUGUGCGGGACGCUUUGCUCGGAAUUGGACCAUAUUCUCAAGGUCCGCUCUGUCCCUCGGUUCAGAAAACGCUUAUGCAAAUUAUUGAACUACACGGCGCGGCGUGGGCGGCCCUGCCUGCCUCGGCAAUUCGAUAUUAUUACUCCACGAGUAAUAACAGUGCUCCGCACAACAAAAACAUUAGCAAUAAUUCUACCUCUCUUACUACAACCUAAACUUUUUGACUUUUCUUACUUUUCAGAACAACAAAAUAUUUCGAAACUAAAUAUGUACUCGUUUAAUAAUUAUAUGAUACAAACGGAAUAAUUUUUAUUGUGAUACUUCAUGUAAGAGAAAACAUUGAGACUAACAGGAAUUCAUAAAUACAGGAAUAAAAUCCCAAUUUUUAAUUUAGGGGAGAGAAACUGUAGAUUCCCUAACGAUUUUAAUUUAACAAAUUAUGAGAUUGUCCCGUGUACAAGAAGAAAACGUAACAAUAUAAGGAGUUUGCUUACAAUAAGUCAGUCAAUGUGAAAAAAAUUAAAUACGGAAAUGUACAGCCAAUAAGGAACACGAAUGCAGGAUUCAUUUUAGAAUAAUAAUUCUUCAAACAAAGAUCUGAGCUCUGGUGACAGAUUAGAUUUGAUCUUGGUCUCCAGUUUAUCCCAAGCGUAUUUUGCAUCCACCAACUAAUUAUGCACAAUAAACGAAUCCUUGUAAUAUUUUAUAUAAAGAAUGUACAUAAAAAUAAAUUCAAUUUGGAAAGUA